AUGAGACUAUUUGUGCACUUUUACAACUUUUGCCAGCUGCUUCCUGUGGACAAGCAGAUUAUCUCUGGACAUACCUUAUGCACAUAUUUCUUGUCGUCGAAAAACAAGUCGUUGCGCGGCCUACGUCCCGUGGGGGAAAUCGUUCCCGGCAUUCCGACUGCGUGGAGCAGCGACCCGCAGCGUUACAUUACCCAUCGUCCGCUAUCCCCUUCCGGGCUUGCUCACGGCCCAGGUUCCGGGAAUGCGGAGCGCCACCGUUUCAGUCAAACUGGGAGGCGGCUCGGCACUGACUUGGCCCUGAAACCUCGACCCGAGAUUUUCGGUGGGGUGACUACCCCAUGGAGCCCUGCUCCGUGA